AUCCAACCGCAGGUUUGAGACGUUUGAGUUAGAUCCUAAAUCUAACGUUUACAAACGUUUACGUUAUUCAGUAUUGUCAUUAUUCUUUAUUGUUCGCCGAGAAUCGGUUAUUUUCCGUCUAUUUUACUAGUGCACCAUAGGUACGAUAAUAUUUUAACAAAAAAAACAUGGCAUUGUCAAUCAGUAGAAAAGAAGUUGAGGAUAUCAAACCGUAUUUGGAGAAAACCGUGUCUAAAUUCCUCGGAUUCAGAGAACCGUCUUUGGUGACCACAUUAAUGCACUGCUUGUCGUCUGGUUACGACAAGUAUAAGACCGCAGACAAACUUCGGUCUUCGCUGUUGGAUCCAGGUAAAGCGUUAUCCUUAACUGACAAGGCAUUUGACUUGGCCAAAGGAAUGACUAUGAAGGUCAAUACUGUGCCUGCAACUACAAAGCGUAGUAUUAAAACUGAGUAUGAUGAAAAUAAUAUCAAACGUAAAAAAGAAGAUGAUACAACUGUGGUCAAAGAAGAAGCACUUUCCAUGGGACAGAUUAAAGACAUGAUGUUAAAUGCUCAAAAAAUGAUUGAAGAACGGAAAAAAGCACUGUCCAUACCGUCAUCUGGUGUUCAAAAAAAUACUAAUGGCAAAGAUAAAAAACCACAAAUAACAACUGAUUUUGAGAAACAAGCAAAAAUUGCUCAGCUGCAGGCCCAAAUACAAAAAAAAUUAGCCACCGGUCUUAUUAAGACAGUUCCAAGUGUUCCCAAAACUAUGAGUUCAUCUGCUGAAAAACCAACUCCUCUAAUUCUUGAUAGUGAAGGACGUACAAUUGAUAUUACUGGUAAAGAAGUUCAGUUAACACAAGUUAUACCCACAUUAAAAGCCAAUAUCAGAGCGAAAAAACGAGAAGAAUUUAAACAAACAUUCAGUGAAAAAUCUAAUGACGAUUCUUCUGAAUUAAAGUUUUUUGAUCCACGAUUGACAUUGAAAACAAAUAUCCGUACAAAGCGAUCCUUAAAAUUUCAUGAACCUGGUAAAUUUCAACAAAUUGCUGAUCGUCUACGAAUGAAGGCCCAGUUAGAAAAAUUGCAAAAUGAAAUUUCACAAAUUGCUCGUAAAACUGGCAUUUCAUCUGUAACAAAAAUGGCAUUGUUAGUGCCGAAAGAAGAACAAUUAACUGAACAUUGUCCUGAUUUUGAAUGGUGGGAUAGUGUUAUUUUAGAUGGAGCAUCUUAUUUAAAUGAGGCCGGUGAAGUUCAGUUUAAAAGGAGUAAUAUAUCACACUUAGUGGAACAUCCAUUGCAAAUGAGACCACCAACUGAUCCAUUAAAACCAGUCUUUAUGCCAGUGUUCUUAACAAAAAAAGAAAGAAAGAAGCUACGUCGUCAAAACCGUCGUGAAACAUGGAAAGAAGAACAAGAAAAAAUUAGACUUGGUUUAGAACCUCCAGCUGAACCUAAGCUUCGUAUUUCAAACUUGAUGAGAGUAUUGGGGACAGAAGCAGUUCAAGAUCCAACUAAAAUGGAAUCUCAUGUAAGGGCACAAAUGGCAAAACGUCAAAAAGCUCAUGAAGAAGCUAAUGCAUCACGUCGGUUAAAUCCAGAACAAAGACGUGAUAAAAAAAUGAGAAAGUUGCAGGAAGAUACUACAUUAGGUGUUAACAUUGCUAUUUAUAGAAUAAAAGACUUAAGUAAUCCAUCGAAAAAAUAUAAAAUAGAAACCAAUAGCAAACAACUAUUUAUGACUGGUUGUGUGAUUUUGUGCAAGGAUUGUAAUGUUGUUAUUGUCGAAGGGGGACCAAAACAACAAAAAAAGUAUAAAAGAUUGAUGUUACAUAGAAUGAAAUGGGAAGAUGAUGUUAUUAAAACUAAAGAUGAAUCAGAACCAAAAUCAAACAAUAAAUGUUCUUUAGUAUGGGAGGGUAUGUCGAAGCAACGUAAUUUUGGAGAAAUAAAGUUUAAAGUAUGUGCUUCUGAAAAGUUGGCUCGUGAACAAUUAAAAAAGCAUGGAGUGGAACAUUAUUGGGAUCUAGCUUAUAGUGAUUUGAUAAUGGAUUAAAAUUAAUGUAAGAAUAAAUGCAUUCAAUAAUUUGUGAGUUUUUACACUCGGCUAUAAUAUGUAUUUAUCUUAUUUAUAAAAAAAAAAAAGAUAUAUUUGUAAUUCUACAAUGUUUUUUAAUUUAUAUGAUAAUAUAUUUUAUAAUAUUUAAUUAUUAUUCAUUAAUUUAUCCAGUGCUUUAUAUUUCUUUUGUCUCUCAUAUUGUAUUUCCCUUAGAUGUGAUGUGUAUUUCAAUUCAUUCAUUGCAAUAUACUUGCACAUUGUUUUUGUAUUUGCUUUUAAUUUGUAUGAUGUAGUUCUAGCAUAACCCUUAUUUGCCACUGAUUGUACACACGUUUCUAAAAUUUUUUGAUUUAUGGCCAUUAAACUUUUAAUUCCUUUU